AUGUAUGCUAAGAUGUGCAUAGAAACAAACCCAGAGUCCAAGGCUUUUUGUGCAUGGAAUGAAACAGAGUCUAUCCCUAAACAACUUCAAUUUUCAAGCCUUUUUAUAUCAUUCACUGGACAAUGGAAAGGUCUUUUAAGGGGUGUUAGACCUUUAAUUGGUGUAGAUGGAACCCACCUCAAAGGUAACUAUGGGGGGGUAUUGCUCUCUGCUGUGGGAAUAGAUGGCAAUAAUGAGAUCUUCCCCAUAGCAUAUGCUGUAGUUGGCCAAGAAGACAAGCAGUCAUGGACCUACUUCUUUUGGCAUUUGCUGAACAUUGUAAAAGAUUCAUCAAGAGAGCAUUGGACUAUUAUUUCUGAUAGGCAAAAGGGAGUUGAACUUGCACUAGAACAAGUAUGGCCAAAAGCUGACAGGAGGUUCUGCUGUAGGCAUCUAAGUAGAAACUACAAGAAGCUAUUUCCAGGCCCUAUGAUGUAUGUUCUAUUCUGGAGAGCAUGCAAUGCUUCUUCAACUUUCACAUUCAGGAAAGAUAUGGAGAAGUUGCAGAAAGCAGGAGGAGAUGAUGUCAUGACUUGGUUUGCAGAAUUGGGAGAGAAGUCUAAGUGGAGUAAGCAUGCAUUUGACCCAAAUGUUUGCAAUGACUCCAAUACAUCCAAUUUUGUAGAGAGCUUCAACUCUACUCUAGGGGUGAAUAGGUGUAGGCCUAUUUUGAAUUUGCUAGAAGGAAUAAGGAGGGUAUGUAUGGUUAGAAUAGAAACAAGAAUGGAGAAUGCAAAGUCUUUGAAUGAUGAAGACAUAACUCCAAAAAUUGUGAAGCUAGUGAAAGAAAUAGGAAAAGCUAGCUCAAAAUGCAGAGUAUUCAAGUCCAGCCCUGGUGAAUAUGAAAUUCAUGAGGGAAGAUCACAAUUUCCUCUCAGCUUAAACAAGAAAGUUUGUUCUUGUGGGGCAUGGCAACUGACAGGUGUGCCUUGUAGGCAUGCCAUUAGGGCUUGCAUUGAUGCCAAGUUGGACCCACAUGACUUUGUCAGUUCCUGGUACUCUGUGAAGACUUAUAAGCAAGCUUACAGUGUCUGUAUCAACCCAAUUCCUGACACAGAGCAAUGGCCUGCAGAUGAGUCAGGUAGAAUCAUCAUGCCUCCUAAGAUGAAGAGGGGAAUUGGAAAACCAAGCAGGAACAGAAAGAGGGAAGAAGGUGAGGAGCAACCUGGAAAAAUGUCAAAAACAGUGAAAUGCAGCAAAUGUGGUUGCUUUGGGCAUAAUAAGACAACCUGCAAGGGAGGCUUAACAGGAAAAGAGUUGAAGACAAAUGAGCCUGUUGUCAUCAAGAACCCUAGGGUCAGAGACCAAAGUAAUGCAGCAAAGGCAGCUAAGGCAGCAAAGCCAUCUGAAGCACUUGGAUCUCAGUCUGCAGCAACUCAGCCUUCAACAUCUCAAGCAGCAGCUUCAACCAAAAAAACUAAGGGAAAGAAGGGCAGACCCUCAGCUGAGCAACAAACAGUGCUGACAGCCUCAUAG